UUCCCUCAGGCCUUCCCGCAUAAGGAAGCCCCCGCUUCCCGCCGAAACUCCGCGUAUGAAACGCCGGGCGAAGGGGUGCGAAAGCCGACUGCGAGGCGGCGCGUGGAAGGGAGGCGGAGAGGAACUCCGGGGUGGCGCUGACGUCACCGGGCUUCAGUGGCGCUCGGGAGGGCGCGCGACCGCGACCCUGCAAGCCCUGCGAGUCGGGAAUCUGGCGAGGUCACAGGUGAAAAAUGUGUGGCCGCACAGCAGUUUGUCUGGGAGCAGAUGGCAUCCGUCGGGCCUGUUCAUACCUUGAUAGACAGGGGAAGAGGAGAUACCCUGAAUGGAAAAAUGCUGAGAAAUAUAGUCCUUCCUACAAUAAGUGUCCACAAUCUAACAAUCCUGUGCUUCUCUCCCGACAACACUUGGAGAAGGAUUCCAGUUCUUUUGAGCGGGUCCUUGUAGCCAUGCGUUGGGGACUCGUUCCAGCCUGGUUCAAGGAAGAUGACCCAUCUAAAAUGCAGUACAACACUUCUAAUUGUCGAAGUGACACCAUGAUGGAGAAACUCUCGUACAAGGUGCCUCUUGUUAAAGGCAAGCGCUGUGUGGUGCUGGCUGACGGCUACUAUGAAUGGCAACAGCGCAAUGGACAGAAGCAGCCCUAUUUCAUUUAUUUCCCCCAGACUGUGCAAGGAAUGUUCAACAAAUCAGAUAUAGAAGAUGAAGAUCCAAAGGGCCAGAGAUUACUCACCAUGGCUGGUAUUUUUGAUUGUUGGAUAUCCCCUAAUGGAGGGGAAACAUUGUACAGCUACACCAUCAUCACAGUAGAAGCUUCUAAAAGUGUAAGCUCCAUCCAUCACAGGAUGCCAGCUAUUCUGGAUGGGGAUGAAGCUGUUGAAAAAUGGUUGGACUCUGCAGAAAUACCCACACAAGAAGCGCUUAAGCUUAUUCACCCCAUAGAGAAUCUUGCCUUCCACCCAGUCUCAACUGUAGUAAACAACUCUCGAAACAAUACACCAGAAUGCAUUAUACCCAUUCAACUGGACCUCAAGAAGGAGACCGUGGUUAGUGCAAGCAGCAAAAUGAUGAUGAAUUGGUUAAAAAGCAAAUCUAAGAAAGAGGAAGACGAUGGCUUACCGACAUGGUCCAGCCAGUUCAUCCAAACAGCAUCCAGGAAAACCAGUGCAAAUUUUAUGAACCAGGGGAUGGAAAAGGAAGGAGAGCCUUCUGCAAAGCAAUGCAAGAACGAGUAAUUUGUGGACCCUUGGACUUGAAUCCUAAGUAGAUAACAGCCCCAGCUAAUGAGUCCUGAUCUUUGCUGCCCAGUACAUUUAAAUCUGGCUGUUUCUGCUAAUUUGGAAUGUGAUAUGGGGUUUUUUGACUACUUACUGGUGCCUGACAGUUGGGACUUGCCAUUUAAUCCUUAGUCUCCAGCACAAGUUGAGAUCUGGAUAUUAUGUAUAGUACUGCUGUUGAGUUAGUCUCUGUGUCAUGUUUCUUGCCCUGGUAUUAAUUUUAUUUUAAGCAUUUAUUGUGCUAAUUCUUCUUGAGCAGGGGUGUCCAACUCUGGCGCUUCAGAUAUUCAUGGACUACAAUUCCCAUCAGCCCCUGCUGGCAUGGCCAGUUGGCUGAUGGGAAUUGUAGCCCAUGAACAUCUGAAGCGCCAGAGUUGGACACCUCUGUUCUAGAGAGAAAGCUUCUGUUGGAGAGCUUCUGCUGCAAAAUGACUAGGUGUGAUUCAAGUGUCACCAUCUCUGUGAAGCUAGUUUGCAUCCUGUAAUAUUUUCUUAUUUUUUCCCCAAGAGAUCAGUUAUAUUCAUGAGGAAUCUACUCCAUUAAGGUAUAAUGACAGCAGCUAUCACAUUAUGUCAAUUAUAGCUUAAGAUCAGCCUCCAUGUUGACAUGAUUGCCCUCCUUUAUGUCCACAAAGUAUUCUCAAAACUAAUCUCAUGAGAUAAAAUACCACAUAUUUCUGUGGGCUGUUAGUUUUAUCAGGAGUAUAAUAUCAGAGGUCUGUAGUCUCUUCAUCAAAGGAGAAUGCAUUUUGAACAAUUCUACAAUAAAGACAAUUAUUCCCUUUUGCA